AGAGGAAUUCUUGCAUGAGAGUUGGUGGGGGUGGGGCUUGCAGAGUGUCUGGAAACCACAACAUCUGGGAGCAAUUAUAAGCUCUCAGUAGCAGGAGUGCUCACUAUUCCAGCCAGUCAAGGUCCAUCCCUCAUUCGCAGCUACAGCAGAGAGUGAGAAGGACAAUGUUACUCCCGUUAGCUCUGCUCCUGAUCCCAGCGCUGGUGACAUGUCAACAGGCAACGAACGUCUCCAGGCCGGUUUUCCCCUGUGGUGGGCAGAUCACAGGGGAGCAGGGAUACAUCGCCAGUGAGGGAUUCCCUGCACUAUAUCCACCUAACAAAACAUGUUCAUGGAGCAUCACGGUCCCUCCUGGUCGGGUGGUGAUCCUCUCUUUCCGACACAUGGACGUGGAGACUGAUCCAAUUUGUCGCUAUGAUCACGUCAGCGUUUAUAACGGGAAUUCUGCAUCAUCUGAGAGGCUGGGCCGCUUCUGCGGAACAUUCCGUCCAGGAGCCAUCAUGUCCACCAGUAACAUGAUGCUGAUCGAGAUGGCAUCAGACAAUGACUCUGCGGGGAAGGGGUUCCUGGCUGUAUACAAAGCUGGACUGCCGCCUGAGAAAGAAAAUCAGUUCUGUGGAGGGAAAUUGGUGAAACCACAGGGAUCGUUCAAGACUCCAAACUGGCCCGAUAAGGAAUACCCGACAGGAAUCAGUUGUUCCUGGCACAUUGUGGGCCACCCCAAUGAGGUUAUCGAGCUGAAAUUUGAGAAGUUUGGCGUUGAGAGUGAUAAUUACUGUCGGUAUGAUUAUGUGGCUGUCUUCAAUGGUGGGAGGAGCGACGAAACCCAACAAGCGGGAAAGUUCUGUGGGGAUCAGCCUCCUGAUCCAAUUGUCUCCCAGGGAAAUGAGAUGCUGGUUCAGUUUGUGUCUGAUCUGAGCGUCACCUCCGACGGGUUCCUGGCCAAGUACGAUAUGAAGCGAAAGGCGGGAGCUGCAGACAUUCCGCUGCUGACCACGACCCUCCGUCCCAUCACAGUCGCCAGCACCCGCGCACCCAGACCGAAAGAACGAAAGGGACCCUCCAUCUGCCGGACAAAAUGCCACCGGAAGGGAACGCUGCAGAGCAACUUCUGUGCCAGUAGUUUCGUGAUCUCUGGACAAGUGCUGAACCUGGUCACGAGUGGUCAGAGUCUCCAGGCUACAGUGUCCAUCACCAACACAUACAAAUCUGCGAAUCUGAAGACAAGACAGGUCGGCAACAGACUGAUCACCAAACUGCUGGUGGUUUGUAAACAGUGCCCCAAUCUCAGAAAAGGUUCCAGUUAUACCCUCAUGGGUCCUGUCGACAAGGUGGGCAGGGGCAGAAUUCUACCUAACAGCUUCUUCCUCAUUUAUAAACCUCAGCAACAUCAGGUUCUGACCAAACUCACUGCACGAAGAUGCUGAAGAGUAAUAGAGGAGGGAGAGGUAUCACCCUAAUCUGUGUACACCCUAACCCUAACCCCAUUAACCCCAGCCCCCUAACCCCUUAACCCUAACCCUAACCCCACUAAUCCUAACCACAACCCCCUUAACCCUAACCCAACUAAUCCUAACACCCUAACCCUUACACCCAACCCCUUAACCCUAACCCCCAAACCUAACCCCACUAACGCCUGCCCUUUAACCCUAACCCUCUUAACCCCAACCUCUUAACCCUAACCCCACUAAUCCUAACCUCCUAACACUAACCCCCUAAAUCCUAACACCACUAAUCCUAACCCUAACCCCUCUAACUUUGACCCCCCAACCCCCUAACACUAACCCCAUUAACCCUAACCCCAACCCCCUAAACCUAACUCCUAUCUCACACACUAAUCCUAGCCCCUAACCCUCAGCUCUCAACCACACAUGAACCCUAAACCUUACCCUCACCCAAACUCUAUCCCUCACCCUCACUCUAUCCCACACACUAAUCCUAGCCCCUAACCCUCACUUCUCACCCACACACUAACCCUAAACCUUACCCUCACCCUCACCCCUACCCUCACCCAAACUCUAACCCUCACCCAAACUCUAACCCUCCCUCAUCCUAAACCCUCAGCCUUACUGUCACCCAGCUCUCUAUCUAUCCAUAGCCCAUCCUCACUCACACCCUACUCAGACCCUAACCCCACCAUCAUCACAAUCUUCAUCGCAACCCACAACCUAACCACCAUCCAAAUCCCACAUCCACAAACGAGCAGCAACCCAAUCAAAGCCCCCUCUCCAGCAGCAGACAACCCACCGAACCAGCCCCCCCAGACCCACCUCACCAAGCAGGAAGUCCUCGAGAGAUCACCUCAGUACAAUGGAACUGUUAAUAAAAUCUCUUCAAAAAUUA